AUGGUGAAGGCCAUUGUCUCUGCUCAGACAACUCUUCGGCAAAGGAACGAGAAGAACUCUUGGGUGGUGGCAGGACUCCGCCGCAACGGCAUCCUCGCCUACAAGGCUUCUCUCUCCGAGCAGAAACUCGUUCCCCUCUCCUCUGAGGAAGUCGGAGGCUCUGAGCGGAUCGAUGUCUCUUGGCUGAGAGAUCGCUUUCUCUGGGUGGACAAGAAUCUUGUUCCUCUGAAGCCAGACUUCAGCCUCAUCACGGCCUCUAAAGAGCUGGCUGACCUCUACGAGUGGGACUUUCACAAUCCCGCCUCUGCGCCAGAGGAGGACAAAGCUCUGAUGGACAUCUCGGAACUGCCCUCUGAGCUGCAGCUGCCAUGCAUUGAAAGUGGGCUCUUGCGCCUUCCUCUUGAACUGCAGCUUGCAGCUCAACGCCGCUCUAUCUCGACACCUGUCUCUGUGAAGGACAAGAAAGCCUCUAGGAGGUACGCGAAGAUGGUGAAGUCUCUGGCAAAGAAACGAGUCUCUGCCAAGCUUCGCAAGGCUUUGAGAGACAAGCUGAAGACGCAGUCUCUCGGCCAGACUCUAGGCAAGCUCGUGCCUCGUGCGGGCGAGGCCUCUGAAGCCAUCUCUCAGAAGAAAAAGAAGCUCCAGAAGCUCAAGGUCAAGAAGACCGCUGACGGCAAGGCUCUCAUGAAGGCUCUCACGAUGAAUGCUGCCGAGGCUCUGGCGCUCCAAAACUCCGACGUCGAAGCUGAAGAGGCCACUCUGGCAGAAGUCACGAAAGGACCUCUGGCGGGCCGGGUCUGUCGGGUCUUGCAGCUCGGCGUCCACUGUGGCAAGGAGGUGACCUGCUCUCACCACAACCUCAGCAAAGGCACGGUGACUCUCCCGUGUCUGGGCGACAGCGUGGCGACUUUGACAUUGCCUGACUCUCUGGUUGUGGAGAAGGAGGCCUCUUGGCUGAAGCCUCUGUCCUGGAAGCACAUGCGGCUCUCUCGUGAACUCAAGCAGAGGGUCCUCCACUCUUGCGGAGGCUCCCAGCUCUUUCUCGACAAGAGUGUCUACGUGCCGGAGCCGAUUGAGCUCUUGAAGACUCCGCCUCAGAUGCUGCUGGACCAACACAUCCUCUAUGGUUUCGAGCUCCUCCGAUGGCAUUUCAGCCAGGGCUCUGAGAAUUUCUUCUUUGAGCAAGGCAUUCGCAUCGUGGACCCCAAGCUUUCUCUCCAGUACAUCACGAAGGAGUGCUUUGAUGUCUCUAUCGUGGAAAACGCCUUGAAACGCGAGGGUGAGCUCUUCAAGACGCUCUUCGUGCCUGUCUGGGGCCAGGGUGAUGGCCCAAAGCAUUGGACUCUGCUGCACUUGGACCAGGAGUCUGAUGAGGUUCGUAUCAAGUACUACGACUCUCUGAACGAUGAGGAGCCGCACCCUUGCUGCGCUGCGAAUGCCCAGGUUCUGUUGGACUUCCUCUUCCCCGGCAAGACUUUGCCCCAACGUGAAGACUCUCAGAGGCAGAAAUCUGACGAGUGUGGCUUCUAUGUCCUGGCCCACAUCUUCGAGGUGGUAGCUCUCAAGCGAGGGGAAGGCCCCGCGAGCAGGGGCUGGAGCUCUGUGAUCGUCAUGGAUCUCAUGAACUUCCUCAGAACAUGGCUCGGGCAGCUCUCUGGCGAACAAGACAAGCUCCAGAACGAGCAGGCCUCUCGCUUGAAGUCUCUGGAGAAGAGCCGACUCAAGAACCUCAAGGUCUCUCAAGAGCUUGCCAAGAAGGCCUCUGUCGCAGCAGAAGCAGCCUCUCAGGCAGCGAAACUCGCUGCCAAGGUUUUGUCUCUAGGCAAGGAACCUGAGCUCUCUGAUCUUCCUAAGGAACAUCAGGACAAGAUUUCUCAAAUUAGACUCUUUGGCUGCUCCGUCUGCAGUCGUUGCAGAUGGGUCUCUGGCUGCCUCUUUUGCGACGGCCCCAAGGCCGAGCGUUAUUACCUCAACCAGUUAAGGCACUCUCUAGGACUGCCUCUGCUGAAGUGA